AUGUCAGUCAAGCGGAAAUACGAAGAACCAGAGAUUGGGCCCCGGAUGCGAAAAAAGCUGUCCUUCUCAGGUUGUGAGUCUGAGCCUACUACUUCAAGCGAGCCCAUUGUUUCAAGCGAGCCCGAACCAGGUCGAACCAGCGACGGGAAGAUAGACUAUCGAUACUACAUCAUGAAAUAUCUCAAUCAAAGAGACUGA